CGUUAUGCAGGUUUCGAACGCAACUCCCUCCUUUACUGCCCUCUGCCAAUUAACUUUGCCGACUUCAACCUCCACGUUAAGAGAAUUCAGUCCAACGCGGAGGCCACGAAGGAGUUUUUGGCACUCGACAACUUGACGGAUACGCAAACUCUGGAGUACAAAUUAACAGAGGAUCUGGCUGCCACGGUGCCCAAACUUAACCGCUACGGGAACAUGACGCCGUCUGUUGACAGGACUGCACCACAGCCUGUCCAACGCGACCCUCUCUGGUGA